AUGGAGAAGGUGUUAACGAGAUAUGAAGAAUCUAAUUUGGUCCUGAAUUGGGGAAAAUGCGACUUUAUGGUAAGUGAAGAAAUUGUUUUGGGCCAUAAGAUUUCAAGCAAAGGAAUUGAAGUAGAUCGUGCUAAGGUUUCAACUAUUGAGAACUUGCCUUCUCUGAUUUCAGUUAAGGGUGUUCGGAUUUUUCUUGGCCACGCUGGAUUUUAUAGGAGAUUUAUUAAAGAUUUCUCCAAGAUUUCUAAACCCAUGUCUGCUCUAUUAAUGAAUGGAGUACAUUUUAAAUUUGAUGUUGAUUGUCAAAGAGCUUUCAAUACUUUGAAAGACAAACUGAUCACUGCACCGAUUGUGGUACCACGAAAUUGGGAACUUCCCUUUGAAUUGAUGUGCGAUGCAAGGAUAAAGAAUUUAGUUGCAGACCAUCUAUCUAGAUUGGAAUUAGAAGAAGAUCCCAAUAAGAAAAAUGUACAAAUUGAUGAUAACUUUCCGGAUGAACAAUUAUUUUUGAUUGCUGAAGAAGAAAAGCUAUCGUGUCAUUUCAGAGGAACAAGAACAGCAGCAAAAGUUUUGCAAUGUGGAUCUUAUUGGCCUACGUUAUUUAAAGAUGCUAAUGUCUUUGUCAAGAGUUGUGAUCGUUGUCAAAGAAUCGGUAAUAUAUCAAGAAAAGAUCAAAUGCCAAUGACUGGUAUUCUCGAAGUUGAGUUGUUUGACGUGUGGGGAAUAGACUUUAUGGGACCUUUCCCAUCAUCUUACAAUAAUAAGUACAUUAUGCUUGCAGUGGAUUAUGUUUCUAAAUUGGUAGAAGCUGCAACAACUCCUAAUUGUGAUGGUAAAGAGGCGUUAUUCUACCAUCCACUUGCAAAUGGUCAAGCUGAAGUGUCAAAUCGGGAGAUUAAAAGCAUCUUGGAAAAGACUGUAAAUACAUCAAGGAAGGAUUGGUCGAAAAAGCUUGAUGAUUCACUUUGGGCUUAUCGCACAACAUUCAAAACUCCGAUCGGUAUGUCACCAUAUCGAUUGGUGUUUGGUAAGGCGUGUCAUUUACAGGUGGAACUUGAGCACAAAGCUUAUUGGGCUGUGAAAAAGUUAAACAUUGGCCUCAUUAUGGCGGGACAAAAUAGGCUUAUGGAGUUGAAUGAGCUCGAUGAAUUCUGA